AAAUGAAGCCAAUGAGAGAGAAUGGUACUUGGUGUCCUAUUUGGCUGAAUCUUGUAGCUGUGAGUGAUGGAGAACCACCUCAGGCUGUGGGCUUUAUUUCUUGUAGUUGCUGCUGUUUCUGCUCAAAAUACCUCAGUGUCUGUGUCAUGUGGUAGCUCCCACCUCUUGAUUACAGUCCCAGUGGAUCUCUUCGGGGUGGGUGUGGCUGUUGGUGCCAAUGAGCUGACUCUGGGAUCUGGCUGUUCUGUGACUGCUGUACACCUGAAUACACUACAGCUGGAAUACCCUCUCUCUGCAUGUGGAGCCAUCAGAAAACUUCUUCCAAAGAGCAUCCAUUAUAGAAACAUUCUCCACUAUGUACCUUCAACUGCAAAUGGUGUUAUCCGGACCAGUCGCUUCUCUCAUCCCAUUGAUUGUUUCUACCCAAGGUCCUGGAAUGUGUCCUCUCUUGGACUCCAGCCCACUUGGAUCCCUUUCACUUCCACUGUGAUGGAAAGACAGCACCUGGAGUUUGUCCUUGAAGUCUACGACAGUAUGUGGUCACUACCUUUGUCUGACCCGACUUACUUCCUUGGGGAUCUAAUCAACAUCCAAGCAUCUGUAAAGAAGGGGAGCCAUGUACCACUGAAGAUCUACAUGGAUGAGUGUGUUGCCCGACCAAAUGCAGAGUCCUCUGUAAAAUAUGAGGUCAUCACAAACCAUGGGUGCCUUGUAGAUGGGCAGCAUGGUAGUUCCCAUUUUCUUCCUACACAAGAGGGUGGAAUCCUCCGCCUCCAGCUGGACAGCUUUGCCUUCAUUGGGGCCUCCAAUCACCAGAUCUACCUCAUAUGUCACUUGAAGGCAGUACCUAUUGGCUCUGUUGACCGUCGCAACAAGGCAUGCUCCUAUGACCACACUACUGCAUCUUGGAGUUCCCAUGAAGGAGGGGAUUGCUCUUGUUGUGCUUCUCCUAGUGGAUGUGGUAGCAGGAGGAGAAAGCGAAGACAGCAGCAGAGGAAAGAGCUGUUUGGAGAAGUCAACCUCAAGCUUGGGCCCAUUGCCCUGAAAGCAGAGCAGAUGAACAAUUCUGUCGUGCUGAAUGGCUCCAGCACCGUUGAACUGAUGUCGGUUGUGUCCAGUUAUACCACAUCUGAGACCAGUUAUGCUUUAUCCAAGGUUCCCCAUGCUGCUGAGUUACCUCCAAACCAGGUGGUGAAUAUUAUCAUGAGAGGGGGAGUAAACGAAGAAUCUGGGUUCUAUCUCCAUCUCCCCUUCUCCACAGCCACCCUGGUCAUAAUAAUUGCCUGUGCCUUCAUUGGAUUUGUGUCAAUGCUGGGCUGUUACUGCUCCACCAAGCGCUCCCACCGAGGAUAUCGUAUGGAGACUGUCCGUGCAGCUUUGGCAGAGGCCGGUGCUGUUGCCAUGGCCCCUGCAGCGAUUGGUUCGUCAGAUGCUGCUCCCUGUGGAGAACCCAGCGCUACCUCCAAGCAACCUGAUGCGCUGGUAGCUGGCAGCUAGCAGGCAAACUGCUUCCAUCUGAAGUGUUGGCUGUUUAAUAAAUAAUUGGCAGUGCAAAACACAAA